GUCGUCUUGCUUUGAAGGCGCCACGAGUUUCUGCACUUUGAGCUUCCCUCACUGCUAUUGAGGUCGAAACGAAGCGACGUCGCAGCCGAUUCAGCACCUUGCUCAAUCUCCGGGUGGGAAUUCUCGGUGUUGUUAGAGAAGGUUAGAUUGUAAUUACUAUGCAAUGAACCGUACUCCGGCGCAGUUUUCCCACACACCAUUCACUUUCCCUCCCUCAAUUCCUAACCCCAAUGUGUUUAACCCUCGGCCGCAGAAUGCACAAUCCGAAAUGAAAGCUCCUCUUCUGCCUCCUGACCUUUCGACAGCAGUCUCAUCAUUAAGCAGCCUUAUUGGUGACUGUUCCCGGACUCUUGACUCGCUUUCGAGUCUGCUCCCUGUCCCCAGCCGAGAUGAUUUGCAUGACAAUGAUGGUCUCAUUACCUGCCCUGUUAAUUGCAAUCACCGCGUGCACCCUCACUCCCUUUUCUCCCACUCCCUCCGCUGCCCCAGCCCUCUGCACCACCUCCUCCCGCCGCUACAUUACCCCAAAACACUUGAAUCCCCCGACCAAUCCCAAGCUGGUCAAAGCUUUGUUCAAGUGCAUAAUGGCUCAGACCUCUGCUUGUCUUUGGAGCACCACUAUGCAGAAUUUGGGUGCAACAUGUUCUACAGGGAUUGCCCUGGUGUUGUUACCUCUUCCGCGUUGGAUGUUUUUAAUAAAACAUUCACACUCCCAUCAGUUUUGUCAGCUGAGUGUGCAGAUUUUUCUGGUAGAGAAGAUAGUGAGAAGAUGAUUUGUGACAAGGGAUGUAGUAGAUUGCUGCCAUCAGAGUAUUGGGCUAUAAAAAAUGAAUUGGGGGGAUGGAAUGAGUAUCCUUCUAUGUAUUCGAACUGUGUACUACGUGCUAUUUUGGGGUUAGGUGUGGUUAGAGAGUGUGAUCUGGCGAUGUGGGUGAUAGUGAAUUCGCCCAAGUAUGGAAUUGUGAUUGAUGUGCCCAUGAGAGAUCAUUUAGUUUUGCUGAUUACCCUGUGCUUGAGGGCUAUCAUAAGGGAAGCUAUUAGUAAGGUAGAUUAUACUGAUUCAGAGAAUCGGGGUUUUGGGUGUCCCAUAUUGGUUGAGUCAUUAGUGUGGCUGGCAUCUCAGCUUUCCAAACUCUAUGGUGAAUUGAAUGGAACAAUAUUUUCCAUAAACAUUCUCAAGCAUUGCAUACUAGAUGCUGCCUUGGGUUUCUUGGUUUUCCCCUUGGAUCAAAAGGUGACAGAACCUCCUGCUUCAGAAGACUGUUCUCAAAAUUUAGAUGUUGAUGGCAGUUGUGUUGGGGAUGAUGAAAUUACAAAGCCACUAAGCACUGAUGGUGCAUGUAAUAUAAAGGGAAGCAUCUUCAAUAAGGUGGUAUGCGUGUCCCAGGUUGCAGCAGCCAUUGCAGCACUGCAUGAACGAUCCUUGCUAGAAAAAAUAAUUAAGGGCGAAAGAGCUUCACAAACUCUUCCUAGAUAUCAAAGAGUGCUGGAGCAUGAUCAUUUCUCACGAAGAGCUGAUGAGGAGCGGAAAAACCGUAGUCAGUAUAGACCUAUUAUUGAUCAUGAUGGGCUGCCUCGGCAGCAAUCAAGUAACCAGGAAACAAACAAGACCAAGACAAAAGAAGAGUUAUUGGCAGAAGAAAGAGACUACAAACGACGAAGGAUGUCGUAUCGUGGCAAAAAGGUGAAGCGUACAACUUUGCAGGUUACCAGGGAUAUUAUAGAGGAAUAUAUGGAGGAAAUCAAGCAAGUUGGAGGAAUUGGAUGCUUUGAGCGAGCACUGGAAGGGCAAGGUAGCACUCCAUUCAAACUACCUACUGACUUCACCAUUGAUGAUACUCCAACAGAAAGAAAUAACGAGUCAGAGAGAGGUAGUCCAAGUCAUACUAGGAAACAAUCGCAUUCACGCUAUACUAUCCAUUCUACAACAUCCAGGCUUGCUUCUACCAAAGAUCAAGAGCAACCAAAACGUAGUCCUCACCGUGAAUAUCUAGAAGAUUCCAGAAGUCUCAGUAAUAGGCGUGAUACGGAGAAUUAUUCUAGAAGCCCAGAAAGGUCUGGACGUCGUGGAUGGUCACAUGGGCAAAGUGAACAAGACCAUCGGCAGGGGACCAAUACCAAGCACCAUGAAAGAAAUAGGUCAUCCAAGUAUCAUGAUAGUAGAUACAAAUAUCAUGAUAAUAGAUCAUCUUCUGUGUCAAAGUCACACCAAAAGUCCAAAGUAAACAGGGAUGAGAAGACUUAUGAGAAUCAUAAGUCAAACUCUGUGGAGAAAUAUACUUUUGACGAUAGAUACAAUCCCUUGGAAGUUAAUGACAGAUAUGAAGAGGAUCUCUCUUCUGGCGAUAAGUAUGCUAGAGAAGGCAGAUAUUCUGUGAAUGAGCAAAGUCCAGACUACAUGUAGGAAUCGGAGUAAAAUCUGGGUACGAAGUCAUCAGGUUUCAGCAAUAUUAACUUCCAUCUGUAUCCUCCUUUGUAUCCUUGAAUGUUUUACUUGUCAUCUGUUUUAACAUUUAGAUGAUAUUCAUUGAUCAUAGUUUCUUAAUCAUUCUUAUUCUGAAUAGGAAAUGAUAAAUUAUUGCUUGUACCAGUGUGAUCAUUUCCACAAAUAUCAUGGUUUUCGUAAUCCUCUUAAUCUAAGUCUUCUUUUAUGCAUGUACAUCUUUUUACCUUCUAGAGAUGUAAAAACCAAAUCAGAUUCAGCUAUUUCAGCACUGAUGAGAUUAAGAAUCAUGAUAGUAAACAUACACUAGGGAGAUGGGUUAGCUCAUCUCUGUCUGACAGAAGCUUCUCUAAUAUGGAAGGAGUAUACUAGCCGAUCCAGCAGAUCAUGGCAUAGCCCCCUAUAACCCGUUAUGUUAGUGACUUCACUUACACCUUCCAAUGGUGCAAGCAAAGAACACUCCAGAUUCUAGCAACUAGUUAUUGCCAUAUUGGGAUCAAGUCGAAAGCAACAUAUUUUCAAGUUUUACUGUUUGUUUAGGAGAAUAAAAUUAUAUAGGCAUUUGUUCUUCUCUUUGUAACUAAAGAUCCAUUUGAAAUAAUAUAAGUCCUUACCAAAUGCUAGCAACUUCCUCUGCACAUAAGGAUUGACAGGUUUGUGAUUGGAUGCAGAGCAGAGCAUCUUUCCUUUUUUUUAUUUUUGCCAUUAAUUGUCCUCUUAGAGUCUUAUUCUGAUUUUUGUUUAUUGAUUUAUAAAUGAAAAUUACUUGCUUUAUUUGUAGCUGCCCGUUUUGGUUACUGAAACCUCAUUAUGCAUGUAGCUCCAAGAAUGCAACUUCUGCCUGAUUGAUAAAAAGGUAAUAUGAAGGUUGACUCAUUCUCAAAGCUUCUCUGGCCCGUAUGAAGUUCAAAAAGCUGAAGGCAGCCGAUUACCACUGGGGGUCCUUCUGCUUUUGUUGUAUGUGAUACUACUCUGCUUAAAGAAUGUAGCUUAGUUCUGAUAACAAGUCUAUAAUAGUCUGUAACAUAGCGCUUGGCUUCUUCGCCCAUUGAAGUUAUGCAAAUGGAAGAAAUCGUAUCUCAA